AUGAUCGCAGCAGUGGAAUCAAUCCUCAGCCAGACGGGAGCGACAGACGAAACGAAGAACCUCAUUCGACACCAAGUGUCCUCCCUCCUCAUGGCUCAUAGGCCGCGCGAUGUGCUUUCCAAGGUCGAGCGUGAUGCACUUAAAGAACUCAGGGCCGACAACGACCUCGUUAUCGUGCCUGCGGACAAGGGGCGUUCAACGGUCGUAUUGGACAGGACAGACUACAAUCAAAAAGCCAAACGCUUGUUGGAUGAUCGUCAGUCCUAUGUGCCAUGCGAAUCCAAUCCCAUGAAAACGCUGACACGCGAGAUUAACGCGACGCUGUUGGCAAUGGAGAACUCAGGUGCAAUAUCGCCAAUCGACCGACGCAUGGCGAGAGCACAAGAAACGGCCCUAGCCCGAUUCUACGGUCUCCCAAAAGUGUACAAAGAGGGCGCUCCUCUCCGGCCUAUCGUGUCACUAAAGGGCACUCCAACCUACGGACUGGCAAAGUGGCUGUUCCAACGACUCAAGUUUCUGACCUCCGAUUCGAACACCACAGUCAGCUCGUCAACGCAAUUCUUGGAGAAACUUAAAGGAGUAAGUCUUCUGCCAAGCGAUAUCAUGGUUUCCUUUGAUGUCACGUUCCUUUUUACUUCUAUCCCGCAGGACCUGGCAGUCGAGACAAUCGAACUACUCCUACGAGAGAAGUACGACGAAACGGAGAAUCGCCUCGGACACGCCCAAAUCAUCCAGCUCCUGAAGUUCUGUCUCAAGACGUACUUUACAUUCGACGGAACAAUCUACGAGCAGGUGAAGGAAACGCCAAUGGGUUCGCCGAUUUCGGGACUCAUAGCCGAGGCGGUCCUUCAACGGCUGGAGUCGCUGGUUUUCCGACACCACAGACCGAAAUUCUGGGCUCGGUAUGUGGAUGAUACCUUCGUCGUCAUCGAACGGGACCAGGUGCUGACUUUCAAAGAACAACUCAACGCCGUCUUCCCGGACAUUCAAUUUACGAUGGAGGAGGAGGAAAACAAUCAGCUGGCCUUCCUGGAUGUCCGUGUCUGCCGCAAAGAUUGUGGUGGCCUAAAAACCAAAGUGUUCAGGAAAGCGGCAAAUACGACGCAAAUACUGAACUUCAAUAGCAACCACCCGAUCAUUCACAAACGCAGUUGCGUAAGGGCGCUAUACCGGCAUGUUGAGACGCACUGCAGUGAAAUGGAAGAUAAGGUUGCUGAAUUACAAUAUCUUCGACGGGUAAUGAGAGCCAAUGGCUACCCGCGCAACUUUGUCAACCAGUGCAUACGAAAAGGACACCAGAGACCAAAUCCAACUAGCCCCAAAUUUUGGCGGGCUCUUCCGUACGUGAAGAACGUCUUGGAAGCCGUCAGUCGUCUUCUCACUCCACUUGGAGUUGGUGUUGCACACAGGCCGGAAGCAACCAUUAGGCGCCAAGUAAUGAGGCCAAAAGACCCGCUGCCACGGCAGGAAACGUCUGGAGUCGUUUACCGGAUCUGGUGUAGUUGCGGACAAAGCAAUUAUGUCGGAGAAACUGGGAGAUUACUCCGUACGCGACUUGCCGAGCACGCAGCAGCAGUGAGGCGUGGAGACGCUAACUCUCGGGUGGCGGCACACUCGACGGGACCCGGCCAUAAUUUCAAAUUUCAAGAGGCCGAAAUCCUCGCAAGGGGUGACAACCGCGUGAGCCGCGAGCUGCUCGAGUCAUGGUUCUCAGGCCCGCAAUCCAUCAACAAACACAAUGACCUCCCGGUGGCCUAUUCCGUAUUGCGAUUUUCCCUGGGCAGGAGAAUCAGUCACGUGGGGAGGGCGCGGGUGAGCAAUUAUCACGGUGACAGUGAGCCAGUUUGCCGAGCAAUCGUCACACCAGCAUCGAGCACGGAUGACGAAAUCGCGGCAAUUAACAACUCGGACUCGGACUCGGACCGCCAAGCCACCGCCGCAUCAAUUACGACCCCAGCGGCGAUUGUGAGAACUGUUAAUUGCAGUGCGCAUACGGUCCCACGGCAGCCACGUGCUAUAAAUACUGCAUUCCUGGUGCCACCUUUACCUCUAUCUGCGAAUGUCUCUGAUGAUGGGUUCGAGUGAGAACCCGAAACGUCAGGCCAAUAAACUUCUUGUCCCAGUGAUCGCAUCUUCAUCUUCUGGAGUAGGAGAUGUCGUGGCGUUGGCGGAACCGGUCGCUGUGGUCGGUGCAGGGAUUGAGACACGGCGGAUGAUGUCGGUGAUUAAUGGUGGAGGGACAGCGACAUUGUAAUCGUCGGUGGCGUAGAUGGUCGUCGUCGCGGGAUUUGGAAGAGGUCCUGAGAGUGGAGGAAGAAGAAAAGGUUUACGUUUCCGGGUUGUUGGUGCAUUUCAUCCGAAGUUAUCCGACGAGGCCGAUUCGCGCGCGCAUGUUGAAAGCGACCGGCUGUUAGCAUUGUGGUGCCAGGACCCUUGUGACUUACGGGCCUACCGUUUGGCUUUGCUGACGGCAAUCAGAUUUGCUUCGGAAAUGGUUGCACCGGUCCUCACUUCCCUUUUUCCUGGUCGAUCUGCUCAGAGGGAGGUUUUCCAAUUUGAUCUGGAGUUGUUCCAGAGUGUUCUUCAAAGUGUCCUUAUAGAGCCGUUUUGUCUCCCUUGUCUAUGAGCACUCGUAGCGACAUGUCUAUAUAAGAUUUUUGGGUAGUCGCUCGUCGUCCAUCCUCGAUAUGUGACCGCUCCAGCGUAAUUGCGGUUGUUUCAGCAUGAUGUGGAUGCUGAGGACUCCGGUCUGUUCAAACAAUUCCGUAUCCAGGAUCCCGUCCUGGUAUUUCAUCUUUAG